UCGUGCGGUGUGAACGUUACGGGAGAAAGAAGAAGAAGCCGACCCACGCAGCGUGCUAAAGUUUAAAAAUAUCGAUUAAAAACUCAUUUUUCUCUGAAAAUGGACGAUGAGGAAACGGGUGGAUUCAGGGAAGCGUGUGCACAGUGCUCAGCAGUGGACUGGGGCGUCUCAGAUGGGGGUUGUUUCUACUGUAAAUCCUGCCACAACGUCAUCGAGAGAAUCAGAGAGGUGGUGGAGCCAACCUUCACUAAAAGCUCCCAGGUCUCCACCGUCGGCAGAGGAUCCCGAAACAAAGGAUCUGAGAGUGGGUGCCAGUGGAUGGUCUGUGAGGGUUUCCAGGUCAUCCUGAGGAACCAGGCUGAUGCUCUGCUCCGUCUAGGAGUCUGCUCACAGUUCAAGGAUGAGGUUCUGUGCCCGCUCUGGAGACUGUAUCUGCAGAAGAGUCAGCAGGCCUACACCACCAAACCCGUGUGGACAUCGGCGUUCACGCUGCAACGUCUGGACUCUGACAACACCUUAGAGGUUCCCGUCGUGUCCACCAGUGACACGGAUGCCGACAGGAACCCACUCAGCACAUCCAGCUUCAACACAGACAGCUGCAGCGGUUGGUCGCAGUUGUCGGGCUCCAUGGACUCCUUCAGCUAUGUGACGGGACGCCAGAAGCAGCGUCGCUUCUUGAUGAGCAUGCAGAAGACUCUGGCUUUGCUCCAUCUGGCUCUGGUCUGGUGCAGGGAGGCGCUCACCCUCAGUGAUCUGCUCAGGUUGGUGAAUGAAGGACAUGUCCCGUAUGUUCGUGCGUGUGAGGAUCUCCCUGAAGGCAUGAAGCCAAAAGGCAACGAUGUUCACAUCUUCAGAGUCCAGAAGAUUCCGUCCCACAAGGCUGUGCAUCAGGAGGCUCAGGCCUUGGCGGUGUUCCUGCAGCUACCUGCUUUUCCUCCAGUAAGCCAGCAGAGUGCGCUGCAUCCAGCCAUGCUCAGCUUGCGCUACCUGAUUGAUGCUAACCUACCAGACGAGCUCCACGUCUGGGUCUGCAGGGUGAUGGAACUUGCCAGAUUGGAACAUCAAGCUUCACAGAUGCUUGACUGCUCGUCCCAAACUGUCCUCCCACAGUAUGAUGUCCAGACCGCCGCCCUCAUCGUGAUCACCAUGAAGUUCCUCUUUGGCCUGGACGACCACACUGAAUGGAAUUUGUCCAACGAUGCAGGUGACCAGCUCGAUCCAGGUGGUGUGUUUAACCUAAGGCGGUGGUACCGGCUGCUGCAGGCGGCUCUGCUCAGAGCUCAGCAGAGGAAAGACGAAGACUCCGCCAGGAAACAGUGGGUGACCCAGCAGCCUUUGGCAGUGACCAGGCAUGACGAACGCAUUGGAAUAAAAAAGAAACGAGUGUCUGAGCAGCUGCAGAUCUGCUUUGAGCAGCUGUCGUCUCGACCGGCGGGCGUUAGCCACAGCAGCCCAUCCAGCUUCAGGUUCUGCUGGGGGGACCAGGAUGGAGCCGAUGGACCCAGCAUGCACCACAAGAGGCUGGAUGGCGCCAUAACUCGGAAACGCAACAUCCUGGUACCGGUAAACUCGGACUAUUGGUGCUCGGGGCUGCGGUGCUACCGUCCUAAGACGUGCCGCAGCCACUAUUCAGAGCUGGAGCCGACACUUCCACGGAUGUUUGUGUGGCUGCUGAAGCUUUUCUCCUUCAUGCUGGACGUGACGCCAGCGCAGCUGUACGAGGAGGUGGAGCGAGUUGAGAGGGCGGCGCUGAGAACGAGACCACCAAGACCAGGAGCAAAACGUGCCGCAGGCCGGACCCGAAGACGACACAGUUACGAGGAUGUGAGGGGACCAAAAAAUAAGAAACGGCUAUAAAGCAAUGAUUUAAUUGGACGUUGUGAAGCAGCGGUUGGACGACCAGCUCAAAUCUGUGACAGACCAAGAUGCCGCCGGCUCAAACCUGAAUCGAUGUUUAAAUUUAUAUAGGUAGAUGUUUAAAGUGAACAGCGCCAGUCUGUUCGAACCGCCUCAUUGACUAAUGCGCUUCAACUCAAACAGCAGCGAACAAAGAGUCUGAUGAAUGAAGCUUUAAGUGAACACAUCUUAAAAAGCCAGCUCUAAGAGGAGCCAGCUGCCUGAUUACCAUGUCACAUUUGAUUGGUUGAAAUAAUGUGACAGAGCAGAAAGGACAGAACAUGUGAUCAGAUACACUCACAAAGAGAACAAAGGGUGUAACUUAUUUAAUAAGUUGUGCACGGGGUUUUAGACAAACACUGGAGCUGAGGACACCGCUGUCAGAGCCGUGGGCUGAGUCCGGCUUCAGCAGUCACCGGGCAGGAAUGAAGUGAGCUCUUUGUCCGCCUCCA